AUGGAAAUUCAAUUCCAAAAACCAAACCUGCAGCAUCAGAAAUCAGGCAUUGCAUUCACAAAAGGAGGAAAGUUGAAAGGGAGAAGCAAAAGCAACAACACCAACAAAUUUGUUGGGGUGAGACAAAGGCCUUCAGGGAGAUGGGUGGCUGAGAUCAAAGACACAACUCAGAAGAUAAGAAUGUGGCUUGGCACAUUUGAGACUGCUGAGGAAGCAGCCAGAGCCUAUGAUGAAGCUGCAUGCCUUCUUCGUGGAUCCAACACUCGCACCAACUUCAUCACUCAUGUGUCCUUGGAUUCCCCUCUUGCUUCUCGAAUUAGAAAUCUUCUUAACAACAAAAAAGGUAUAAAAAAACAGGAAGAUGCUAAUGCUAAUAAUGCAGAAGUUCAAGUAGUUAGCAGCACUAGUACUAGUAUUACUACUUGUACUAAUAGUGAUUCAGGCAAUGACAAUGACAACAAUGACAAGUCUCUUUCUACUGUGACACCUCAAAGUUCAAAUCUCUUUGAUGAUGCUUAUAAACCAGAUUUGAGCAAUUGCAGGGAGGACUUUGGGUUAGGUCAUCAAUCCAAUACUUCAUGGGGUUUUGGACCUGUCUUUGAUCGUUUUCCAGUUGCUCAAAUAUUGGAUAUACCAAAGAUUGAUGAUUGCCUCACUGAUACAGCAGCUGACUUGGAGCUUUCGGAAUUUGAAAGAAUGAAAGUUGAAAGACAAAUUUCAGCUUCACUCUAUGCAAUUAAUGGGGUACAAGAGUACAUGGAAACUGUUCAGGACUGCA